AAGUGCUGAUGGACGGGCUGGGGAGGAAGGAAACCCCAUGGGGGAGGCUCUGACAGGGAAGGACUUGCCCUGGGCCACCACACCUGCAAGGCGCAUCUCAGGACUCUGCAGAUCUAUAUCCUGCUUCACCAUGGAAACCAGAAGCAGGCUCUGGGAGGCGAAUGUUCCUCUUUCUGUGGGGCUGUUGACAUGAGAGCCUGUGACCAGGAAGGCCUGCCUCCGAGGGCCACACCCUUUGUGUCUGUCUGUUCAGAGGACACUGUGGCCUCUUCCAUUAGCUCAGCACGGUACAGAGAGAGGAGACACCAUGACCCCUACCCUCACGGCCCUGCUUUGCCUCGGGCUGAGUGUGGGCCUCAGGACCCCAGUGCAGGCAGGGACCCUCCCCAAACCCACCAUCUGGGCUGAGCCAGGCUCUGCGAUCCAUUCUGGAAGCCCCGUGACCAUCUGGUGUCAGGGGACCCCAGGGGCUAAGGAGUAUCAUCUAGAGAAAGAGAGAAGCCCACGACCAUUGAAAAGACAGGAGCAACUGGAGCCAGGGGACAGAGCCAAGUUCUCCAUUACAUACAUGACAGAGCGUGAUGCCGGGAGAUAUGGCUGUCUCUACCGCAGCCCUGCUGGCUGGUCAGAGCACAGUGACUCCCUGGAGCUGGUGAUGGUGACAGGAUCCUACAGCAAACCUAGCCUCUCAGCCCUGCCCAGCCCUAUCGUGCCCUCAGGAGGAAACGUGACCCUUCAGUGUGGCACAUGGGAGAGAUUUGACAUAUUCAUUCUGACUAAGGAAGGAGAUCACAGGCUCUCCUGGGCCCUGGACUCACAAUACGCCAGUGGGAAGACUCAGGCCCUGUUCCCUGUGGGCCCAGUGACUGCCAGCUACUGGUGGGCGUUCAGAUGCUAUGGCUGCCAGAGGGACAGACCCCACGUGUGGUCAUAUCCUAGUGAGCCCCUAGAGCUGCUGGUCUCAGGUGAGUCUGGGAAGCCCUCCCUCCUGACCCAGCAGGGCCCCAUUGUGGCCUCUGGACAGAACCUGACCCUCCAGUGUCGCUCUGAUGUCGGCUAUGACAGAUUCGCUCUGCACAAGGAGGGUAAACAGGACCUCCUCCAGAGCCUUGUCCUGCAGCCCCAGGCUGGGCUCUCUCAGGCCCACUUCCCCCUGGACACUGUGAGCAGCUCCUAUGGAGGCCGGUACAGAUGCUACGGUGGAUACAACCUCUCCUCUGAGUGGUCGGCCCCCAGCGACCCCCUGGACAUCCUGGUGGCAGGAUGGCUGACUGACAGACCCUCCCUCUCGGUGCAGCCAGGCCCCAGUGUGGCCUCGGGAGAGAACGUGACCCUGCGGUGUCAGUCACAGAGCCAGAGGGACACUUUCCUUCUGUCUAAGGAGAGGGCAGCUGAUCCCCCGCUGAGUCUGAAAUCAGAGCACCGAGCUCAGCAGUACCAGGCAGAGUUCCCCAUGAGCCCUGUGACCUCAGCCCAUGGGGGCACCUACAGGUGCUACAGCUCACGCAGCUCCUCCCCCUUCCUGCUGUCACACCCCAGUGAGCCCCUGGAGCUCCUGGUCUCAGGAGACGUCCCCAAACCCUCCAUCUGGGCUGACCCAGGCCCCAUUGUCACCAACGGGAGCUCUGUGACCAUCUGGUGUCAGGGGUCUCUACAGGCUAGUGCCUACGUUCUGUACAAAGAGAGGGGCUCUGAGCCCUGGGAAACAAAAAAACCACAGGAGUCAAGUGGCAAGGCUGGCUUUCUCAUUGGAACCACGACCUCAUCCCACGCAGGGCAGUACCAGUGUGCAUAUUACACCAUUGGGAACAUACUGUCAGAGCAGAGUGACCCCCUGCUCCUGGUGGUGACAGGAUUCUAUGGUGCACCCUCCCUCUCAGCCCAGCCAGGCCCUGUGGUGGCCUCAGGAGAGAUUGUGUCUCUCUCCUGUAGCUCACUGUUCACAUCAGGCCCUUUCCAUCUGUUUAAGGAGGGAGGGGCUGACCCGAACCUACACAUGGUGGCAGAACCCAGGAACCAUGCUGGGACAUGGCAGGCCAUCUUCCCUGUGGGCCCCGUGAGGCCCACCCAUGGGGGCACCUACAGAUGCUAUGGUUCUCCCAGCUCCAACCCCAACUUGUGGUCACAGCCCAGUGCCCCUCUGCACAUCGAGGUCACAGCCUCCAAACCCCAAGACUACACAGUGGAGAAUCUCAUCCGGAUGGGCAUGGCUGGCUUGGUCCUGGUGGUCCUUGGGGUGCUACUAUUUCAGGCUCGAAACGACACCAGAAUGACUCAUCAUGCAGCCAAGAUGUGAACACAGAGGCAACAACACACUAUUCAGAAUGGGGCAUCCUUGGAGCCUAUCUGAUGAGCUCAGGAGGUGCUUAAAAACAAUGUAAACCAUAAUUGGGGAAA